AUGUCGGCACAGCCCAUCCAAAAUAUCAUUAUAGAGUCAAUUUGGGGGCGCUGUCGGCAGGAGGAUCAAGACAACUGCCUGGCUACUUUUCUCAAUCAAUGUGCACAUGAGCAUUACGUCUUUAGCACGAAGAAACGAGGGGCGGCAUGCUCGGCAGAAGUUAUAGCAUCCAUCAUCAGCAGGAUUAAGUCUGAAUCUCCGGUCUCCAAAUCACAACUGAUACCGAGCUCAAUAGAAGGCAGCCAUGAAGAUACUGCAGUCCUUGACUGCGUCGUACGCAUGAUGUUCAUGACUACUGCGCAGACUGACUACGCACUCGGCGGGGGUUCUAUCAGCUUCAAGUGGAAGAACAACGAAACAAUUGUCGAUUUUCUGGACCGCGUUUACAGCCGAGUUCCCCUCAGUUCCACGUCAGAUCAGCCUAUAAAUGUAAGGAACCUCAGGGCCGCCAAUCUAACGAGAGAAACUGGGAUCCAAAUCAAAGGAACAAACAAGCUAUCAGAUCACCUGUACCUAAGUUAUGGAGAUGAUUCCAAGACUCUUUUCGUCUUCCACCAUCGCUUCUUUCUCGAAUAUAGUCUGAAAAUAUUAGAGGACGACCGGAACGACUUGGAUCAUUCUACGCUGGACGCCUUGAAAUUCGGUUGUUUAAAUCCCCAGCUCUUGGGUGAGACCUUACAAACCUUGGAUCUUUUGUUUCCAGUAUUUGGCGAUAAAAAGUCAAAGAGAAUUCUGAAAGACUGGGCGAAAAGAGAAGAGCUUGACGAACGCUUACUGGAUCCAUCUCUCAAACCGUCUACAUCCAUUUUCAACCAGCCUCCAAAAGACCUACAUGGACUGUACGAGCAGUAUCCUUACUGGGGACGACAGCUGUCUAGGUUGUUGAGAGAAUUCGAUGAUCCGACGCCAAUCACUUGGUGGCAAAAGUACACUGAACGGGGGAGGUCUCCUCGACGGAUGUUUGAAUGCGCAAUCGCCGCCCUUGUUGUGACGGCGUUCUCUGCCUUGACUGCCACCGCCUUAGCAGCAGUCCAGGUAUGGAUUACCUAUUGCGACUGGGAUGAUGCGCCGUCGAGGUCGUGGUGUUCGUCUAAGAAUGGAACCAAGGGGAAGUAG